CGUGUCACUUUCGCUGCACGAAAACAAUCUUUUGGUAGUGUGUUGUGUUGUAAUUUCGGUCUCGGUGUGUGUAUUGCGUUUGUUGUUUUUCAUUUGGAUCGCAAAAUGAUUGUAAAAUUACGAAUAUCCGAACACGUUAAGAAGCGUAUUUGCGAUCCGACGUUUGCCUCGUCGCCGGGUACGGGCGAGCUGUACGGUACCAUCUGUGACGGUGUGCCGACAGUGAUCGGGUUUGCCCGGGUCCUGAAACAACCAGCCGAAGCAGCGACAGUCGACCCAGACGCGGCCGAACAGUGCGCACCCGCCGAUACGCCCGCUCCCAUCCAGCAAAGCCUACCGAGCGGGUUGGAUCUGAUCGGCUGGGUCAAGACGGGCCCGUACGCCGAUCCGACCGACUUUCUGCUCAAAUCCGGCCCGGAUGCGUUCGUGACGGACAAUCCGGUCUACCUGCACUACACCGGCGAUCCGGGGGCCGACCUGCAGACGUUCAUUUUCGAGCAGCGCAAGCUGCAGCCGGUCGAGUGCGUCCUGUUCGCGGACGAGUUCCUGCACCGGGAGUACUACCUGCUGCGGCUCCAGUGCACGCUGACGCUGGUGUGCGAGCAGACGGAAAAAUCGGUCUGCGAGAAUGCGUUCCGGCUGCGGCGACAGCUCGGGUCGGGCAGUGUGGCGUUUACGGUGCCGGCCGCUGCCGGCGUGAUGCUGAGCGACUACGCCGUGACGGGCAUCGAUAAGGAGGAGAGCGUUGAAAUGCUGCACGCAAUGGCCACGGCACCGAAGCCGGAGCAGGACGAUGGGUUCGGGGUGGCCAGUGGGCGGGUGAAGGCGAAAAAGGUACCGGUGAGCAGUAAGGCGCCGAGCGGCUACCGGGUGAUCGAUUUCGGGCUGCUGAUCAAGAAGUCGAAGGACGAGGUGGACGAAAAGUUGCGCCGGGAGGCGUGCAACGUCACGAUUGACCGACGGAACGAGGCGCAAACGGUGAAGGUACCGUUUCAGGUGGACUGUCUCAGUAUGGUGCACCGGACGAAGAAGCUGGACAAGUGUUUCGACAACAUGGUGGAGAGUGUGGACUGUUCGCUCGGAUUGAUCGAGGCCGCACUGCUCGAGCAGCUGCGGCACCAGAACCGGUUGUACGUGUCCAAGUGCUACCACAUGCUGCCGCGAGAGCUGGGACACUUUGUGACGUGCGUGUAUCCGCUCGGGGAAGCGGUGAGCGAAAUGGAAUCGUUCCUGGAGCGGCAGCGCGCUAUCAUGCAUAAGCAGUUUGUGCUACCGCUGAACCGGCCCUACUUCCGGAAGGGCAAUGCGCACCGGUUUGGACAGAGCAAGGUGCUGAUCAAUCCGCACGAAACUCUCACCGUACCACAUCCAGAGGGCAGAACCGCGGUUGUGGACGGUGUGUACACCUACCAUCACUACAUGCAGGACAACUUCGACGAUAACGGCUGGGGCUGCGCGUACCGGUCGCUGCAAACGCUCGUCUCCUGGUUCAACCUGCAGGGGUACAGUUCCGGUCCGAUUCCGACCCACAACGACAUACAGUCCUGUCUGGUGCGGCUCGGCGAUAAGCAGCGGCCCUUCAUCGGGUCCCGCCAGUGGAUCGGUUCGACCGAGGUGUCCAUGUGUCUGAGCGGGCUGCUCGGGAUCGAUUCGCGCAUCAUGUUCGUGAUGCACGGCAGUGAGCUGGCGUCGCGUGGCAUGGAGCUGCUGCAGCAUUUCCAGCAGGAAGGCACCCCGAUCAUGAUUGGGGGCGGCGUGCUGGCCCACACCAUACUGGGCGUCUCGAUGAACGCGGAGCUGGGCGAGACCAAGUUUCUGAUACUGGACCCACACUACACCGGCCCGGACGAGCUUGGUCCGGUACUGGGGAAAGGGUGGUGCGCAUGGAAGGGAGGCGACUUUUGGGACAAGGUCGCCCAUUACAACCUAUGCAUGCCGAUACGUCCGAAGCGAUUGUAAGGGAGGGGAGUGACAGGACCGGGGAUUUGCUUUUUUGGUGUGUUUAUGAUGGGGCGCCGGGAAACCGUUUUUCUGUACGUUUCACACAUGUUUCACGUCUUUAUCGUCUGUAUAAUUGUUGUUGCUUAAAAACAUGUUCUCCCUCUAUUUAAAUUUACUUUUUUGUAUUCAAAUUUGGGGUAGGGCUCUCGUGCUGUGUACGAUUUACGCGAGAGAGAGAGAGAGUUUGGCCAGUUUUUAAGAACGUUGGCCGGUCGACUGCAAACUAUAUUAUAAUAAAGCACUUUAAAUGUUUACAACU